AUGAAUCAAUACCACAUUUAUGAAGCUAUCGGCCAUGGAAAGUACUCGACUGUUUACAAGGGCAGGAAGAAGAAGACGAUCGAGUAUUUUGCUAUUAAGAGCGUUGAUAAAUCCCAAAGGAGCAAGGUUCUUGAAGAAGUUCAAAAAGAACCAAAAGCCCUAAAGAUGUUCAUUUCUUUACCUAUCAAGAUCCUACAUGCUCUUGACCACCCAAACGUGCUGAAAUUUGACUCAUGGUAUGCCAGUCUUGCAACUUUUGUAUCGAACUUCAGCUCACUUAUGGCUGGUUCUAGAAUAUUGUGUUGGAGGCGACCUUAUGAGCUUAUUGCGACAGACAUCGAAUGUGGGCAGAUGGCUUGUCUGAUACUGUUAUAUUUGAAGUUAAAGUUUGUCUCAGGCCUCAGCUAUCAGAGCUUUUGUAGUGGUGAGAGGCUGAGAAUGCUACCAAAACACUCUUAUCCUAAAAACUUGUCUGAAGAUGAGCAUCUUCCAGAAGAUUCCAUAAACGACCUAGCCACUGACAUUGUCAAAGCUCUGUUGUUCAUACAUUCAAAAGGAAUUAUCUACUGCGACUUGAAACCAUCCAACAUUCUUUUAGAUGAGAAUGGUCAUACAAAGCUUUGUGAUUUUGGAUUGGCCAGAAAGUUGAAUGACAUAUCAAAAACCCCCUCUUCCUUGCUGCCACAAGCGAAGCGUGGAACACCUUUUUACAUGGCUCCGGAGCUUUUCCAAGACGGGGGUGUGCACUCUUAUGCAUCUGACCUUUGGGCUCUUGGUUGUGUCUUGUAUGAAUGCUAUGCUGGGAGGCCUCCCUUUGUAGGAAGAGAAUUUACCCAGCUAGCAAAAUCUAUACUCUCAGAUCCAACUCCGCCUCUUCCAGGUGACCCCAGCCGCCCUUUUGUCAAUCUGGUGAAUUCUCUGUUGGUGAAAGAUCCAGCAGAGAGAAUACAGUGGACAGAGCUUUGUGGACAUGCAUUCUGGAGAAAAAAAAUUACCCCGGUUCCUUUGCCUCCUCAGCCUGCAUUUGAUAACAUGAUUGGUAUUUCACUUAGACCAUAUCUUACUGAACGCAAUGGUGAAAGGCAUCCCCAUGGUAGAACUCCCCAAAAAUCUAGUGAGAAAGAAAUCAAAGGACACUCCAAACAAGAUGAGAACUGUAAUAUAGGGUCUAGAGGAUGUGGAACACCUGUUAAAGGUACCACCAGUGGCCGCAAAGUUCAAAUGAAGGGUGGGAGAGUAGUGGAUGACAAGCAGGCCAAUCCUUCGGGUACCAAGGGCGUGAAUCUUCUCCGUCUUUCGAGAAUAGCAAAAUCAAAUCUACAGAAGGAGAAUGAAAAGGAAAAUUAUCGUAGACCUUUGACUAGUAAUGUACAGAAUGAUGCUGAGAUCAAAAUUGAAAACACAGAUAUGGAACUUGACUUCAAUGAGAAUGAUGAUGAUGAGAAUCAAGACGAGCCUGAUUCUUCUGAUAACUUUACUUUGAAUCCUGAAGGAAACAAUUCAACUUCAGAUCAGAAUCAGGGGAAUAUUGAAGAGGAGUCUGACUGUCAGUCCGAUGCAUCUAAUGUUGGUAUGGAUAUCAGAACACUUGAGGAACCAUCUUCAAAUCACACCAUAUUGGCCACACCACCCAGUGCUAGCCCUCAAUCUAAAAAUCCAAGGGGUAAGGUAGCUGUGGUGUCUCCAACGGAAUCUGAAACUUCAAAAACUUCUAAUGAGCUUUCUGAUGUGUUUUGGCAUCCAUCUGAUCUUUCAGUCAGACCUGUUAUGCCCAGCAGGAAAGCUGCUAAAGGGUCUGAAACAAUUCCUUCUCUUCCUUUUGAAGCACUGCCAGCUUCUGAAUUUGAGAAGAUAUCUAAAGAUCAAUUUGACGCUUUUGGCAAUAAAAUUGUAUCCAUUUUAAAUGGGAAUGCCAAUAUUGGAGAGAAGCAGAAUUUAAUCCGGUACCUUGAGACAUUGAGCAAUAAUGCUGAAGUUGCAAACAUGAUUACAAAUGGUCCUAUUUUGCUGGUUCUUAUUAAACUUCUUCGGCAGUCCAAAGCUUCAUCUUUUAGGAUUCAGCUGGUUUCACUGAUUGGAUUGUUGAUUAGGCAUUCUACUUACAUUCAAGAUGAUUUGGCCAAUUCUGGAUUAGUUAGCUCAUUAACUGAUAGCCUGAGGGACAGACAAGAAAAGGUAAGGAGAUACUCAAUGGCUGCUUUGGGAGAAUUGUUGUUCUACAUAUCCACUCAAACUGAUCAGCCUAAAGACAACAAAGGUACAGAAACUCAACACAAGGACAAUCGCUCUGCGACUGGGUGGCAGGUUCCAAAUGCAUUGAUUUCCCAAGUGGUUUCAAUGUUACGCAAGGGGGAGGACGAUGUAAUACAACUCUAUGCAUUAAGGACUAUUGAAAAUAUCUGUAGCCAAGGUUCACAAUGGGUAGCUCGUUUUACCAGCCAAGAUGUUUAA